GAGGCGCCGCGGCGGCUGUUAUUGUUCAGCUGGGCUCCGCUGGGCGCUGUCUCCCUUGGCUCAGAGGGUGUCAAUUUGUCCCGCUUCCUCUCGGCCCCUCACUCCCGGAGGCUGACGACGACGGCGGCGGCUGCGGCGGGCGGGGCCUGGCGUUUCGAGGCCGAGCGGCGCCGGGGUGAGGGGCGCGGAGGAGGAGGAGCAGAAGCAGGAGGAGGAGCCGCGUGCCCUGGCACCGAGCGGCCGCGGCCAUGGCGUACGCCUAUCUUUUCAAGUACAUUAUCAUCGGCGACACAGGUGUUGGUAAAUCAUGCUUAUUGCUACAGUUUACAGACAAGAGGUUUCAGCCAGUACAUGAUCUUACUAUUGGUGUAGAGUUCGGUGCUCGAAUGAUAACCAUUGAUGGGAAACAGAUAAAACUUCAGAUUUGGGAUACAGCAGGGCAAGAGUCCUUUCGUUCCAUCACAAGGUCAUAUUACAGAGGUGCAGCAGGGGCUUUGCUAGUGUAUGAUAUUACAAGAAGAGACACAUUCAACCACUUGACAACCUGGUUAGAAGAUGCCCGCCAGCAUUCCAAUUCCAACAUGGUCAUUAUGCUUAUUGGAAAUAAAAGUGAUUUAGAAUCUAGAAGAGAAGUAAAAAAAGAAGAAGGUGAAGCUUUUGCACGAGAACAUGGACUUAUCUUCAUGGAAACUUCGGCUAAGACUGCUUCUAAUGUAGAAGAGGCAUUUAUUAAUACAGCAAAAGAAAUUUAUGAAAAAAUCCAAGAAGGAGUCUUUGACAUUAAUAAUGAGGCAAAUGGCAUUAAAAUUGGCCCUCAGCAUGCUGCUACUAACGCCACGCACGCAGGCAGUCAGGGAGGACAGCAGGCCGGGGGAGGCUGCUGUUGAGUCUGUUUUUACUGUCUCGCUGCCCAGAAGGGGCUACUCACCUAUUCUUUCACCCUCCUGCUCAGCUGAGACAUGAAACUCUUCGAAAUGGCUUUAUGUCACAGAAGAAGACUUUAAUCCUUCAAAUUCUUGUAUAACUUUGAAUAAAUGGUUAAUGUUCACUUAAAAAGACAGAUUUUGGAGAUUGUAUUCAUAUCUAUUUGCAUUUGAUUUCUAGGUCAAUUGACGUGAUUAUUUUUGUUAAAUGUUGUCUUGUGCCCUUACCUACGAACUGAAUUGUAUUGAACACUACAGAGUCAUCUUGAGUAUUUUAAAUCGGUUUGUGUAGUUAGGUUUCCCCACACCUGUGGUUACCUAAUGUUUAAUAUUAUAGAACUGUCCUCAAAAGUUUGUCAAUUUUCAAGGCUAUAAGGAAAACCGAAGGACUCUUUCAAUUCUGUAUUUAUCAUUUACUUUCUGUAUAUAUAGUUUAUAACCUGCUUGGGUGUAAUUUGCCAAGCUUGAAUUCUUUAAUGCAUUUGCAUAAAUUCUAUACUGUUUAGAGCUUAAAGCUACAGAAGCAUCGUUAGGAAUUGCUUGGACACUGAAUUUUAGACUUUUUGACAUUGUUAACAAGCAUGUUCAUCUUUUUCUUGUCACUAGUCCGAGAGAAAUAUGCUUAAUGUACAUUCUAAAGACUAUGUGUGUGUUAACCUGUUUUAAUGCCAAAAGUUUGUUAUUUGUCCACAGUUUCUUUAAGACCUCUUCAGAAAAGGAUUUGUUUGCCUUAAUGCAGACUGUUGGGUAAAAACACAGUAUAAUGAGUGAGGUGGGCGGAAGAAAGGACUCCCUCUGCCUGAGCGACUCCAGGAGGAAUGAGUGUCCACAUUUAGACGGCACAUUAUGAGGACUUUAAUCUUUCCUUGAACACAAUAAUGUUUUCUUUUUCUUUUAUUCACAUGAUUUCUAAAUAUAUUUUUCACGCAGGACAGUUUUUCAACCCUUGAUGUACAGUGACUGUGUAAAAUUUUUCUUUCCGUGGCAACCUAUAAUCUUUAAAAUAUGGUGAGCAUCUUGUCUGUUUUGAAGGGGAUAUGACAAUAAACCUACCAGAUGGAAAAUCCUGUUAAAAGUAGAAAAGCUUUAGUAAUUUGCUCAGUGUGGUGGUUUUAUCCUUCUUUUUCUUUUUCUCCCUUGGACUAUAAUGAAAUUGUUAUAGCAGUGCAAAUAAAAUCCUAUGUAUAAAAGUGUUCUUUUUUUUUUAUGACCACAUCAUUUUUUAAGAAUGCAGUUUUUCAGUCCAUCCACAGCUUUUACAUGUAUUAUAAAGCACAUUUUUUUUUAAGGGUCAGGAUGUUUAACAACACUACCCUUUUUAAAAAUUUUGCUAGAAUGUGAUAAAAAUCUUUUUACCGUAUUGAAAUUCUUUUUGCUAUUGAUGAUGUAAGCAAGUAUUUUAAGUAUGAAACUAACUACUUUCAAUCCGCUCACUGACUUCAGCUUUCUACCGGUCUUUCCUGAAGAUUCAGCAGUGCUCUGUCAAAGCUUUGACAUUACUCCUGUGGGAAGUCACCCAAUGCUAUCUGAGUUUUUUGCUUUAACUAGCUCCUAGAGGACAGAGAGAAAGGUGAGGGGAAAUUGAGUUUCUUGAGUAUUUUUAUUAUGAACUUUUUUUUUCUUUAAAGUGGUCUUAUCAAAUUCACUGAUCUCACCAUUCACUCUCAUUAGUGGUGAGUAGGACAAGUUAAGACAACUAGAACUUGUUCUGCUCUGUACCAGGAAGAGGAUGAUUCUUUGGGAACUGUUUUUUUUUUUUGUUUGUUUGUUUGUUUUGCUGUACUUGGGCCUCUCACCGUUGUGGCCUCUCCCGUUGCAGAGCACAGGCUCCAGACGCGCAGGCUCAGUGGCCAUGGCUCACGGGCCCAGCCGCUCUGCGGUAUGUGGGAUCUUCCCGGACCGGGGCACGAACCCACGUCCCCUGCAUCGGCAGGUGAACUCUCAACCACUGCGCCACCAGGGAAGCCCUGGUAACUGUUACUUUUAAACUGCUGUUAAUUUUUCCAGAAACUUAAUGUGUUUCUUUUCCAUGCUGUCUCCUCUAAUUCUUUUAUAAAUCAAGUGUAAGAAGAGAAAGUCAUGGGGAAAACAAACAACAACAAAGCACAUGUAUUUUAAUAACCUAAGAAGAGCUGGAGCCCUCAAAUGCAGCCCCUGCACAGUAGCCUUAACCUGCCUCGGCCUUGGGCCACAGGGGCGGGUAGAGGACUUCUCCGUAGUUGUCACCACUUUCUCUACAAGUUUCAUCUGCCAUUAAGGAACAUAUGUGAUGAAUCCUUUAUGUCAGUCGACAAAACAGUGUUACCGUCUGGUUUCUACUCUGCUGUUUUAUUAUCCUUGUCACAAAUAAUGUAAUAGUGGCACCUGGAACUAAACGCUUUAAUACUGUAAUUAAGUCUUUAAAUGAUCUUUGGUCAAUUUUGGUAGCACCUAUGGACAUGUUUUAAGAGCUAGAAAAUCAGUCACAAAAAAUAAAACUUUUAAUGUCUCAACAUGUAAUAUUCCAAAGUUGUAAUCUUCAUAAAUAUAGUGUUAUAAUUUGCCUUCUGGGUUUAACAAAACUGGAUUAAGACCAAAUUUUUGGAAGAGUAGUGUAUAAUUAGAUAUACAAUUCAAACAGUACAUGAGAGUGAAACUAUAUCUUCCUACACAGUUUAUUUUUAAUUUUUUAUUGAAGUAUAGUUGAUUUACAGUAUUGUGUUAUAGUUUCAGGUGUACAGCAAAGUGAUUCGGUUAUAUAUGUAUACAUCUAUGUUCUUUUUUAAUUCUUUUCCAUUAUAAGUUAUGUUUUUAAUUUUAAAAUAGCCUGUUAAGAGGAAAAUAGUUCCUGUUUCUAAUCAUUCUAAUAGUGAAGAGAGUAGGAAUAUAUAUGAUACCAAAAUGUGUCUAAUCUCUCAAAUGAUUUGUGUUUGGAACACAUUAAACAUUUAUUCCCUCAUAGGUAGUGAAGCUCCAUCUAAGCUCAGUACUAAGGUUGGCAGCACAGGGUUUGACUAUGUGAGCUAAAAAUUAAUACCACAAAAACCCAUAAUAAUGCAAAAAGAUAACCCUGUUCCAUAAUAAAUAAUUGACUAUACAAAUGCA